AUGUUUUUAUUUUCGCCGUCACCAAGGAUCCCGUUCUUCUUCUUUUAUCAUCACCGAGAGUCAGUCUUUCGAAGUUCACCAUCCGAUUCACAUCGAUACGAAAACUUAUCGCGCGAGAGUCACGACUUACAUUUGCAAAAAACUAGGUUGGGAUGGGUAAUCGCCGGAAGCGCACCAUCACAAAUAUCUCUAGUUUCCGCGACAUGUUACUUGACAAAUUUGGAGGAACAGGUAGCUAAAUUCUGGGAAAUCGAGGAAAUUGUUGUCGAUAAACCGUCGUCAGAAGAAGAAAGACGGUGUGAGGUGCAUUUUCUGGAAAAUGUAUCUCGCACCGGUGACGGGCGUUAUGUUGUCCGCUUACCCUUUCGCACAACAGACGAAUGUUUAGGUGAAUCGCGUAAGAUCGCACUCAAGCGUUUAUUCUCCUUAGAGCGCAGGCUUAACGCGAACGAAGCAUUAAAAAUAGAAUAUACGCGGGUGAUCGAAGAAUACAUACGGCUGGAAUACAUGUCAUUGAUAGAUGACUACGAAAACAAUGGCUAUUACAUGCCUCAUCACGCGGUAUUCAAGGAGUCGAGUAACACCACUAAACUCAAGAUAGUUUUCGAUGCGUCCACGAAAACGAGUAACAGCGUAUCGUUAAAUGACGUGUUAAUGGUAGGACCCACAAUCCAGGCAAAAUUGUUCGCGCAUUUAGUGCGAUUUCGAACAUACAAUUAUGUUUUGACGGCGGACAUUCAAAAGAUGUAUUGUCAGGUACUAAUACACGAAAAAGAUAAGCGAUUUCAAAGGAUACUCUGGCGUGUAGACGGGAAAAUAGAGACAUUUCAAUUUAACACGCUUACUUUCGGUGUCUCUUUAUCACCUUUCCUUGCAAUUCGCACUAUACAAAAACUCGCGGAUGAUGAACGUCACAAUCACCCUAUAGCAGCGGAAAUUAUAAAGGCACACCUUUAUGUAGAUGAUUUGUUGACCGGCGCAGAAACCGUCAACGGAGCUCGGGCUAUUAGAGGCGAAAUCACCGCGCUAUUAGCUAAAGGCGGAUUUAACAUUAGGCAAUGGGCGUCCAAUGACGAACGGGUCGUGGAUGGCAUAACGGCCGAUUCAUUGCACGUGAAUUUCGGUACGGAUAAGGAUCGUUCGCUAAAAACAUUAGGAAUAACGUGGAAUGCACGCGAAGAUAAAAUAUGUUAUGUAGCCCAUCCUGUUAACAUAACGAAUCGAGUAACAAAGCGGAACAUUUUAUCCGAAAUCGCAAAAAUAUUUGACCCGCUUGGUUUAAUGGGGCCAGUCGUUUUUUACGCUAAAAGAUUGAUGCAAGAUGUGUGGCGAUGCAACUUGCAAUGGGACGAGUCCGUUCCACAAGGUAUAUACACCGAGUGGAUGCAAUUCGCGCGACAAUUAGAAUCGAUGGAUCACGUUUUUUUUGAUCGUAAAUUAUAUGCAGCGGAUUAUCGAGACAUACAAAUACACGGAUUCUGUGACGCCAGUGAGGCGGGUUACGGAGCAUGCUUAUACGUGCGGUCAAAGAAUGAAGGCGGAAAUACGAUCAUUAGAUUAAUAUGUGCUAAAUCGCGAGUUGCGCCGUUGAAAACCACCACGAUACCGCGAUUAGAGCUGUGCGGUGCGUUGUUGCUAGCGCGACUAUUUCGUGAAACGUGUGAUUCAUUGAUUAUCAAGAUCAAUAAGGUAGUUUUCUGGUGUGACUCGACUAUUGCUUUGCACUGGAUAAAAACGUCACCGCAUGUACUCAAGACGUAUGUAUCGAACAGGGUCGCAGAAAUUCAAGAAUUCACUAAUCCGCAUACAUGGCGACACGUGGGUUCACGAGAUAAUCCAGCUGACGCGAUAUCAAGGGGGCAAUUACCUCACGCUUUUUUGCAGAAUCAAAUUUGGUCCGUGGGGCCCUCCUGGUUAAAACGGGAUGAAGACGAAUGGCCUAUCCAGAUUACACAGUCGAUAGAAAUACCUGAAUUAAGAAAAAAUACCUGUUUGUUCGUGACUUUAAACGAUCUCGAAAUUUUUAAAAAUUGCUCGUCGUAUUCGAAGCUACUCCGAAUCAUCGAUUAUUGCCUUCGCUGGCGGUUUAAUAAUAAAGACAUCGGAGCGUUAAGCGCGAUGGAAAUUAACGAAGCCGAAAUACGAAUAUUGAAGAUCCUUCAGGCGACGUCGUUCGGUGAUGAAAUCAAAAAACUUAAAGAAAAUAAAGAUUUAUUGAAUAAAGGUAGGCUCGUUAAUUUAAGUCCUUUCGUUGACGAUGUCGGAUUGAUUCGCGUGGGGGGACGUCUUCGCAAUUCGCAACUCGCAUUUUCACAAAAACACCCGGUAUUGCUUCCGAGUCGACAGCGUUUAACGGACUGCAUCAUCCGAGAGAUACACGAAACGCAUCAUCACGCAGGCAUUCAAACUACGCUAUACAUUCUCCGGCAAAGAUUCUGGCUAUUAGAUGGACGAAAUCAGGUACGAAAAAUAGUGCGCGGGUGUGUUCGUUGCUUUCGUCACAAUGCCGAUACGGUAGAGUACAAAAUGGGUGAUCUUCCUCCGGCUCGCGUACGCGAAGCAAUACCAUUCGUGAAUACCGGCAUUGACUUUUGCGGCCCGUUCUACAUAAAGGAAAAAAAAUAUCGUAGCCGCACAAAAAUUAAGACAUACGUAUGCGUAUUCGUAUGCAUGGUAAUCAAAGCGAUCCAUCUCGAGCUCGUGAGUGACUUGUCCUCCGAUGGAUUUAUUGCAGCAUUACGAAGGUUUGUGGCAAGACGAGGAUUGCCAAAACACGUAUAUUCCGAUAACGGGAUUAAUUUUGUAGGAGCAAACAAUCAGUUAAGGGAAAUGUACGCGCUUUUUAAUUCAGAACAACAUAAAGAAGCCGUAAAUAGGUUUUCGAGCGAACAUCGCGUUUCGUGGCAUUUUAUUCCCCCCGUGGCCCCCCACUUCGGCGGGUUGUGGGAAUCAUCCGUGAAGCUCUUUAAACAUCACUUCAAGCGUGUUAUAGGAGAAGCUCUAUAUACCUUCGAAGAACUCAAUACGUUUAUUGUCGAGGUCGAGGGUAUUCUUAAUUCUAGACCAAUUACGGCUCUUUCAUCAGACCCGAACGAUGCAUUAGCCCUGACACCGGCGCACUACCUUAUUGGCAAGCCACUAACGGCCCUUCCCGAGGGCGAUUUGAGAUCUGUUCCAGCUAAUCGUCUGUCGACAUGGCAACAUAUCGCAAAGAUUCGACAAGACUUUUGGUCACGCUGGAACCUCGAAUACUUGAAUGAGCUCCAGAAACGUAGUAAAUGGACUGAUAACGGACCGAAGAUCCAAGUUGGAGCAGUCGUCCUUAUAAAAAAUAAGGGCCUGCCAUGCACCCAAUGGCUCCUGGGCAGAAUUACGGCGUUACACCAGGGCGAAGAUGAGGUCGCUCGAGUAGCCACCAUCCGGACAGCGACUGGCGAAGUAAAAAGGGCAACAAGACUCCUUUGUCCAUUACCAAUGGAGUCUUAG